UGAUAAAAGCAAAUAAUAUUUUGGAUGGAUUGCCCGAACAAUCGCAAGGGCAAGUUCGAAAACACGUUUGUCUUACAGGUAUUGGAGGUAUUGGGUAUGAUGGCGCCAGUUGAUUCAAUACCAGAGAGGGCGAAGACUAAUUGGAGUGAAGGAAAACAGAAAUAAGCUACGAGAUCGCACGAGAGCACAAAGAGAUUCGUAACGUCUUUAAGUAACGUCUUUAUGUUCCCCGUCUCAACCUCGAAGCAAUUAGAAGAUGCUUAUAUUGGCUUGUCGUUUCUGAUUGGUCACAAUUCACUGUUAACCCGAUAUCCACGAUAUCAGGAAGCUCACAGUACAUGGGAGUUACUCGGCCGGUCCGGUCUUAUAGAAGCGAUUAAGGAAUGGCUUAUCUCGGAAGAAAUACGGAUUGCAUCAUGAUAUUCGACGAUCUGGAUGGACUCGGGGAUCUGAGAGUUAUCCAACAGUCUCUUCCUCGCCAAAGCGACCGUUUCGUUUUUUCGUCUAGAGACCCAAUACUAUGCGAUACUCCAGAACUUAAGGCGACCCCUAUUGAAGUUCAACGAUUAAUGCCCGAAGAAUCAAGGAUACUUCUCCGGAGGGAAAUUGGACCAGAAAUUGCCGCGGCGGACGAGGAAUUGUAUCGUAUUGCCGCCAUCUCAUGCUAUCACCCCGCUAUGAUGCUAGCCUUGGUCCAUUAUAUGCGACACAUCCUUCGGCGAAUAUAUCCAGCUAACAGCAUUGUAGGGAAGCUAGUCCGCUUCUUAGAUGAGUAUAACUGGCAAAUUCGUCGGGCAGUCUUCCGACAAGAGAUUCCCGGGUCCCUAUCGUUAUUGGGCCUUUACGAACGGCCCUUGGAGCGAUUGAAACCAGAAGUCCGAACUGACGUUUCAUCACUCAUGGAUGUGGUUGCUUUCGUAUCUGCCCCUAUUGGGUCAUCGACUAGAACUUCAUUCCAUGACUUCUUCCGCGAGCGUCCGUGGCUGGAUAGUCGAAUGGAAGAUGUCGAUUUUCCUAAUCGCGAACUUCUUGCGACCCCUUUUUUGGAACACGCUACGACUUUAUCAGAAUUAGAACGAGUCUCUCUUCUUGAUAGGAGUCCACUCAGUGUGAAUCCUUCAGAUAUACACCCGAUUUGGCUGGAAUGUGCAAGGCAUCGAUGCGAAGUACCAAUGAGGAAAGUUUGGCUUCGCCAGCUGUUACUCAUAUGCUUCCUCGACUCCACAAAGGACAAAUAUGAGGAGACAUCCAAUCUAUUCCUGGAAAACAUUUUAAUGCAUAGUGUGUAGUCCGGCUUAAUUCUAGAGCACUUAGACCUGAACCCAUCCGUCCAUGCAUGGCUUCAACGGAAGGCGGAGGCGGUCUGGGCUACUCA